AUGUUCGAAGUCAGUCAGGCUGUAGAUAGUCAAAGGGCUGAUCCCAAUGGUUGUGGCUUCAAACCAGAGUCCUUGUUUAAAUAUGCAAAUGAAGAAAUUUUUCUCGUUCAUCUCUCUCACUCCCUUCCUUCGCUUUUUAUGCUUUUAGAUGAUGACAACAACGACAGAAGAAAAAGGCGAAGGUUGAACACAUAA